AUGAUCUCCAAUCUCACACUUCUCCGCAAGAUGGCCACUUCGCGGGGUAUUCAUACCAGUGCCCUUUGCCGCGCUCGAAUUACCCUUGCAUCUCCUCGUCUUGCUUCUGCAUCAGCCCGCUCACUGUCCAUCAAUUGUCGCAAAACCACUCCCUACAAUGGCCGACCCUCGGCAAUUCGGAGCACCUCAACGGAGCAGCUGCUACGCAAAGCUCAUAGCAACCGGUCAUCAUUCUCAACAUCGUCAUUCCAUUCAUUACCAGACUCAGACUGGGAUCAUAAUCCGAACUUGUCUAUCUCCAACUUCUCGGAACUUCCCUCCAAGGACUUCGGCGUUAACCAGCACAUGAUCAUAAACCAGGAGUUCAAGGAGGCAUUGCGCAUGAUUCUUUGGCAGUUCAAGGCGCCUAUUCGAUAUGCGUUUGCCUACGGAUCUGGAGUGUUCACGCAGAACAGCAGUAGUGCUCCGACCAGCUCGUUGCACCCCUCGGCCCCCACGGCCAUCAACAAUAUGCAACAGGGCUCCGGUAAAAUGAUUGAUUUCAUCUUCGGAGUAUCAUACUCCCAACACUGGCAUGACUUGAACUUGACGCAACAUCGCGAUCACUAUUCGGGUAUGGGCUCACUUGGGUCGUACAUGGUUUCUCAAGUGCAAGACCGCUUUGGCGCUGGUGUUUACUUCCAUCCUUAUAUAACCGUUAACGGAACAAUGAUCAAAUAUGGUGUGGUCAAUCUUGACACGCUAUGUCGAGAUCUCACCCAGUGGGAUACCAUGUAUCUUGCUGGCCGUCUGCACAAGCCCGUGAAAAUCCUCCGGGACCACCCGAAGGUGCGAUUGGCAAACCAAGUGAACCUACUGUCCGCUUUGCGAGUUGCACUCUUACUGCUUCCAGAAAGGUUCAGCGAGUUUGAACUAUACACCACGAUUGCCGGAAUGAGCUACAUGGGAGAUCUGCGCAUGGCCCUGCCGGCUGAGGAUCCCGGCAAGGUACGAAAUAUUGUCUCGGGGCAAAUGGCACACUUCCGCCGCUUGUAUGCGCCCCUCAUCGAGAACCUACCCAAUGUCGAUUUCCAGGACCCGCGAUGCAGCCAAGAAGAUUGGAUUGAUGACCCGAACGCUAUUUUGGCCAUGGCACAGGACAUGGAUCCGAUCAAGCGUGGCAACAUGGUUCGUCGCCUGCCUGAAUCUUUCCGACAAAAGCUGUACUUCCAGUAUCAAUCUCGCUAUCAGAUUCCUCGCGUCGACUUUGAUAAAAUGAUCCAGGAAAGCAAGGACUCGGAGGACAUCCUUCGCCGUCCCCAAGGUGGUCCCUUCGAGAGACGAAUUGCCGGAGAUGACUCCCUUCAGGAGCAGGUCGCCAAGUCUAUUGAGAAGACAAUCCGCUGGCCCAGCACUGUUCAAACCAUCAAGGCACCUCUGACAGCAGGUCUUGGCAAGAGCUGGACCUACUUGAAAGAGAAACGCGACAAGCACCAGAAGGCCCAGAAACUCAAGGCUUCCGCAUCGGAGCAGCCCACUGCAGCCAAAAAGCCUGCUAAGGAGGCCGAGGCCCCUGCGACAAAGGAAGACAAGCAGGAGUAG